CAAAAUGACAGAAACUGAAGACUCAUUCUUUAACAAAAGUGCACUUGCUGAGACAGACAUCAAAACUGAGAAAGCUGGGGAGAAGACAGAUAAGAUUAUUGUACAGAACUUAGAUGACUACAUCUACGGUCUUGAGAAACUGUUCACCCAGAAUUCUGACAAAUACUACAGAAUAUGUCUCAACAUCCGAGUUUUAGGUGUCUAUGAGCUCAAAGAGAAGAUGAAGUAUCACCUACUGGAGAAUACAGGGAGACAUUGUUACUUAUACGUUAAUAAAACAGAGGUAGAUAAAUCCAACGGCAGCUUGGUCAAAAAUGAUAUCUACCAAGUGAAGUUCGAUGCAUAUUUUAAUCUUCAAAAGCCGAAGACAACUGUGUCUAGUCAUUACUAUAACCUUCAUGUGGUAGGAAAGGUAGAAAUCAGUAAUUACCAGCUAGAGCUGGAGGCUCCAGGCACUGCUUCUCUUAACCCAUUAACGAUUAGGCAAAUAUUAGACUCAUCCCAGUUUGGCUAUAGCGUUGACGUCAUUGGCACAGUUGUUCAUAUAAAUAAUCAAAAGCGAAUUAAAAGGAAGAACGGAGAGGAAACUUCUAAAAGGGAUCUCAUCCUUAUGGACGAAACUGGCCAGAUCUACGUCACCAUCUGGGGUGAUAUGAAGAUCACGCUUCCUAUGAAAUCGAUAAUUGGCGUAAAAUAUGCUAAGAUUAGUGACUAUAAUGGCGUCACGCUAAACCUGACCUACAAAGAAUCAAGCAUAGUCCAGGUACCUGUCCAUUACAGAACUUUAGAAAUCUCAAAAUUCCUUGAAACAGCUAAUCCAACAACUAUUGAAGAAAAGAAGAAGGAGUUUUUCGUAACCAAGAAAAAGUCUCAAAUCCGUGGCUGGAUAAAGACAAUCUCAGAAGUCGUUGAUGAACUAAUCAAAGAGAAGAUUUCCGGUAAGAAAGCAGUUGAGGGCAAUCAUGAUUGCAGAUAUUUCACUUUCUUCGGAUACAUACAGCAUAUUUCCAUGAAUCAGGACUUAUUCUACCCUGCUUGUCCUCGUUGCAGGAAGAAAGUCACUAAGCAAGUAUCUAAACAAGGAAGUAUAGGAGGGACAUCCAUUUCAAUGAGUAACAAUAAGAACUCAGCUGCCUAUUUCUGCUACAAAUGCCAGAGGUUCUACACCAAAGCUGAGAAUACUUACUCCAUCAAUUGCAUAUUGUCUGAUGGGACUGACAUCAUGCCAGUACAUUUCUUCGGAGAAAAGGCUGAGGAAAUACUAGGUGUCGAGUGCUCCAAAAUCUCUCUACUUAAGGAAAAGGAAGAUUUCGACUCUAUUGAUGGAGAAUUUCACAAAAACUCUCUGUUCAAAUACUUCAAAAUUAAAGUAAAGAUUAGACCAAACCUUAAGCUACUCCAUGACUUAGACGAGAUCAGGAAACGGAACAAGAACCUUGUUGGCACAGGUAGUUACAGAGAGAAGAUCAAAGACGCGUAUAUUGCUGAGGCUAUCCAAAUAGAGCCAUUUGACCAUGAAGAGUUCAUUAGAGUGAAAUUGUCCAGAAUCAGGAACUUGAUUAAGCUAAAAUCCACUAAUUUAGAAUAA